CUGUGCCCGCACGCUGCGAUGAGUUCCCAGCAGACCCGCCGCGAGCGGGUGUCGAGCGACAGAGCGCAGGCAAUUCCGGCUGGGGGAAUGCAGCGCCCCGGCAUGGGGAGCCGUACUUCGUCCGCCCCGGCAGGUGGAUUUUACAAACUGGACGUGGGACGGAGACCGAGCUCGAGCUCGGCGAAGGCUAGACACACGUUGGUGGAGGAGGAUGAGGGAUCGUCGGGCACGAGCCAUGAUACUCCGAAGCGUUCACGCUCCCGGCACCGUGGGAAUGAGGAACCCUCCAAGCUGAGCUUACCGGAAGUGACGAUUGCGGUGGUGGGGGAGGACAAUGCUGGCAAGACGAGCUUUAUCAAGUGCGCAUUGGACAUGAGGGGUGCCCCUUCUUCCGUGCCCACGAGGAAGAAGAUGUCUCUGGAUGGCGCGGUUUACAUUGUGCGUUUGCUGGAGAUCGACCUGAAGCAAGUCUCGCUCGACCGAGACAACAACAUCCGAUGGCCUCGUGUGGGCAAGGAUUCUGCCGCUCCGAUCAUCGACGGGGUGUUGCUGUUGCAUGAUGCAACUCAGCCAGACAAGCUGGAAAAGAACGAACCACUCGCAGAUGCGCUGCAUGCUUCUCCUGUGCCGUUCCUCCUGGUUGCCUGCAAAUGUGAUCGGCAGCCCGAAAACAGCCAACUGGGUUCGAUCCACGAGCGACACGAGAUCUACCGGACAUCCCCCGAUUUACCGCGAUCCCAGCAGAUGUGCAUUGCGCUGGUGCUGCGGUCGGUUAUUGCCCGUCGAGCAGACCUAGCCGCUGCGUCUGACCGGGGUCCUGAUCCUUCUCCGCCUCCGCCUCAACCUCAACAUCCCCCGUCCGCCCCUCCCCCGCCGAGGACGACCACCAAAUCUUUUCAACCCAUCUCUCCCCGCGAUUGGCACCACACCCGCGCCAUUUCGGAAACCUAUAGUGCCGUCCAACCUGGAGCCGCUGGCGGCUCAGCAACGUCGGUCGCGGAUCGAAGUGUCGAUGGGAACGGCGAUCACCGUCUGCCCACCGACCCCUCCCAUCCGUCCAACCUGGCGCAACAGCAUGUUUCCAGUUCGUCUCGAAAUGCCAGGAGUAACUCUCAACCGGUGCGACCGCAGACUCCGCCAACUGGCGCGCGGCUGAAUCCACGCCGACCGUCUGCACAAGGAGAGAAUUCUCCAAUCCGGGACCAUACCCGCCAGCGACUGCAGCCUGCCUGGCGACACAGCGGAGGCUCCGACACCUUUAACAGCUUUUUGAAUAUGGAUGACGAAAUGGAGGAGGGAGGACAGCCCGCCAGCCCCAGCGCCGUCGUGCGCCCGAAGCCGAGUAGCGAGAGCAAUGCGAGUGCCGAGUCUGGAUUGAGCUUUGAUGAACUCGUCGAUCGGCUGGUCGCCUUGCCCAUGUCGAAGCAAGACUCAAAAUUUACCGCGAUCUUCCUCUGCCUCUACCGGAAGUUCGCUGCCCCUUCUACCCUACUCAAUGCCUUGAUCAGUCGGUUUGAGAAGAAUGAGACGAGCAAUGCGGAUCAGCUUGCCCGUAUGGCAGACCAGCUGCGCCUUUUGAAUGUGAUCGCAUCCUGGGCCUCCGAAUACCCCGGCGACUUUGCAAACCCUAAAACGAAGAAACGCAUCAACGAGUUUGUUUCGACGCUUGAAAAAAGCCAUUUCUAUAUGUUCGCCGCGAAAGAAAUCGGAUCAUAUCUCGACUCGAAUGCCGAGGAUGACGACAUCGGAUGGGCUUUCGGGGAUGGCGCUGCCGACGAACCAAGUCUCACGGAGACGUUCUUCAACACCUCCGGCCGAAGCUCCCCUGCUCCCUUCCUUACUGGGAUCUAUGACGACGAAGAGGACGAAGAGGAAGAAGACCCCAUCUACAGCAUGAGCGGCUUGGAUCUUGGCGAAGGGCCGCAUGAUUCCACGUCACGGCUCUCCGGAACCCUCUCUAUCUCAUCAAAUGCCGACAAACCCUCCAGCACCCUUAACCAAUCCUUCACACUUGUGACGGUAGAAGCGGCCCAAAAAGAGGCGCUGCGUCUUGAAAUGACUGGCCGGACAUCGCUCAGCAAAAUUCAGUGGCGAUUCUUCAUGGAGACAUCUGACGAAGAAUUCGCCCGGGAACUGACCCGCAUUGACUGGAUUAUGUACAAUUCAUUCCGCCCUCGCGAUCUUGUGCGCCAUGUCAGCCUCUCGGGCGUGGACAAAGACAAGAUCAAGAGCUUGCAGAAUGUUAAUCGGAUGAUCAGGCAGUUCAACCAUGUGGCGUUCUUUGUGGCAAGCAUGAUUCUCUUGCGCGAUAAACCCAAGCACCGAGCGAGGUGCCUGGAGAAGUUUAUGAACAUCGCAGUGAAACUCCGCCGCCAAAACAACUACAAUGCCCUGGGUUCCGUGAUCGCAGCCAUUAACGGCACCCCCGUCCACCGACUGACGCAGACCAGGGAACUGAUCCCGGUCGCCAGUCAAAAAGAAUUCAUGCGACUGGUCAUUCUCAUGAGCACGCAGAAAAGCCACUUCGCCUACCGUCUUGCCUGGGAUAACUCCUUCUCGGAGCGUAUCCCCUUCCUCCCUCUGCAUCGGCGGGACCUCGUCUCCGCAGAGGAAGGAAACAAAACCUUUGUGGGCGAAAAUAAAUCUCGCAUCAACUGGAAAAAGUUCGAGGUUAUGGGAGAGGUUGUUCUCGGUAUCCAACGGAGCCAGAAGAGCCCUCAUCCUCAAGCCCAGAAAUUCGAUGAUAUUGAACGGCUAAUCCUGGACUCGAAACUAUCCGGUGAUGAAGAGGAUCUGUAUGCUCGCAGCUUGCAAGUCGAACCAUCCACGGGUGGGGAAACUGGGCGCAGGAAGUUCGGCUGGCUUCCAUAUCACGUGAUCAGAUUCUGCCAUCCGCCGUUGCGCAUCUCCAGUGGAAAUCCGAAGACAAAAAGAUCUAUCUCAAUCCUAAGCAAACAACACACCCCCGAAUCCCGCCAAUCCAAAAUGACCCAAUCACUCGCCAGCCAGGCGCGCUCUACCUACCGUGCCCUCCUCCGCGAACUCCCGCGCCAAAAGCUCUCCACGCCCUCCCCACUGCACCAGCGCCUCCGCUCCGUCUUCCGCGCCGAAGAGCAGAUGCCCUCCACACCAUUCGCGCCGGUCCCCUCACACCCAUCCACCGUGGCCGCCUCCUCUUCCACCACGCCCAGCACUUUUUCCAUUCCCUCCUCACCCGAGGAACAAGCCAUCCGCCUCCAGGAGGCCGAGCAGUUGGCGCAGUAUGCCAGGGCGCAGCGCACAUAUAACGAGCUGCUGAAGCGGUAUAAUUCUGGCUGGGAUAUGGAGGAGGAGGAGCGCAUUCGAUUGACGGCUCGGCGAGUUGGAUUUAAUUUGCCUCACUUGCAUGUUCCAGAGGGGGGAAGAGUUCAAAGGAGGAGUAAUGGGGCUUUUAAGAUUCGUGCACCGGCUCUACUUCUCCAGCAACGAGCCGGGGAUAUCUUUGACUGGCAUGAAUCUGCGCUGUCUGGCAAUCCCGAUAUAGGAGGGAUGGAACACCGACCGGUUGGCAGUUAUGCAUUGUCCGUGGCCCCUGCGUGA